AUGGCUGAAGCUAUUCUCUACAACCUUACUGCAGACAUCAUAUUCAAAUUGGGCUCUUCCGCACUCCAGGAGCUUGGUUCGCUAUGGCGUGUCAAUUCUGAACUUCACAAACUCAAACACUCUCUUUCUGCCAUUCAAGCCGUGCUUCUCGACGCCGAGGAGCAACAAUCCAAGAACAAUCAAGUCAAAGAUUGGGUUUUAAAGCUUCAAGAUGUUUUGUACGAGAUUGAUGACUUGAUCGACGAGUCAUCUUACGAAACCUUGAGAAGGCAAGUUCUGGCCAAACACCGAAGGACGAGAAAACAAGUACGUAUCCUCUUCUCCAAAUUUAAAUCUAAUUGGAAAAUAGGCCACAAAAUCAAGGAAAUUAGGGAGAGGCUACAAGCUAUUAAUGAAGAUAAAAAUCAAUUUGGCUUUUGUAAGCAUGUGAUAGAGAGAAGAGAUGAUUAUGAAGGGUUGAGAAAGAGACGGGAGACUCACUCUUUUAUACUUGAAGACGAAGUGAUUGGUAGGAAUGAUGACAAGGAAGCAGUCAUAGAUCUUCUACUAAAUUCCAACACCAAAGAGGAUAUUGCAAUAGUUUCCAUUGUUGGAAUGGGAGGAUUGGGAAAGACUGCCCUUGCUCAGUCUAUUUAUACCCAUUACGGUAUGACUAAUGAUGGUCAGUUUCAGAUGAAGUUAUGGGUGUGUGUUUCUGAAGAAUUUGAUUUAAAAAUUAUUAUCCAAAAGAUAAUAGAGUCUGCAACCGGGAAGAAGACAGAAUCAUUCCUUCAAUUAGAUUCAUUACAAUGUGAGCUUAGAAAGCAAAUUGAUGGAAAGAAAUAUUUGCUCGUCAUGGAUGAUGUGUGGAAUGAGAAAAAAGAGGAAUGGUUACAUCUGAAAAGAUUGUUGAUGGGUGGUGCAAAGGGUAGUAGGAUUUUGAUCACAACACGCAGUGAACAAGUUGCUAAAACUUUUGACUCUACUUUCGUCCAUCGAUUACAAAUUUUGGAUGCGUCCAAUUCUUGGUUAUUGUUUCAAAAGAUGACAGGUUUGGAAGAACGUUUCGAUAAUCAAGAGGUUAAGCUUGAUCAAAAGAAUUUAAAUUUGAUCAAAAUUGGCAUGGAGAUUGUGUCAAUGUUAAAUGGUGUUCCGCUUGUAAUAAGAAACAUUGGAGGACUUUUAAAAGAUAACAAAUCAGAAAGAUUUUGGUUGUCUUUCAAGGAUAAGGAACUUCAUCAAGUUUUGAGGCAAGAACAAGAUGCUCUAAAAGAAAUGCAAUUGAUUCUUGAGCUUAGCUAUAAAUAUCUCCCAUCGUCUAACUUGAAGCAAUGUUUCCGAUAUUGUGCUUUGUUCCCGAAAGAUUUAUAAAAUUCAAAAGAAUGAACUUAUAUUACUAUGGAGAGCACAAGGUUUCAUUCAACCAAAUGGCAACAACAAUGACGAUGGUGAUGAUUAUUUCAUGCAGUUAUUAUUGAGGUCAUUUUUUCAAGAGGUUGAAAAAAAUGCUUUGGGAGAGAUAAUAACAUGUAAGAUGCAUGAUUUGAUGCAUGAUCUUGCUUGUUCGAUAGCAAAUAAUGAAUGUGUACAUGGACUAAAAGGGAAUGACAUCGACAAAAGAACUCGUCACUUUUUUUUGGAAGGAGGUAGUCAUGAAAAUCAACUUAUGGGACAUUUA